CAAGUGAUUCAUUUGGCUUCCCGUACCUGUGCGGCCACACCCAGCGCCGCCACGCCCAGGCUGAGGCUGAGGCGCAGGUCAUGCAUGACGUCUGUGUUCGGAAGGACCACCUGCAGCAAAAAUCAAGGUGUUGGCGCACCACUAGCUAUUUACUUCAUCUUCCGCGUCAACCUCACGGCACACCCCUCCUCUCAAACACCACAACAGCGUGCAACACUGGACUACUUGCCCAAGAACUAUUCAUUACAUAUUCAACGAACCCGCUAAUAUGUCGAAAAGAACAAGCAGUAGCGUCUCGAAUGGCGUCGUGAAGGAUUCAACUGCUGGUGAGCCCAAUCCUCAAUCCGUGCCUUGAAACUCCCUAACUAAUCAUUCCUAUAGCUGUUGACAAGCAGAAGAAACUCUUGUCAGAAGAGACGGGUCAUUUUUCCUUGAUCAGAGCAAUGCAUCUGGCUGAUUUGAUUACGGAGCUGAAUGGCUUCUGUGGAGUCAUGUCCAUCUUUUCUUCUUUGCGAUAUUGCCUCGGUUCUCCUGCUUCACAUGGCAACCUUUGGCUAGCAAUGUUCCUCAUGCCGCUCGGUUUGUUCUUCGACUUCAUGGACGGCAAGGUUGCGAGGUGGAGAAAGAAGAGCAGUCUGAUGGGGCAAGAGCUUGAUUCUCUGGCAGAUCUGAUCUCCUUCGGUGUUGCCCCCGCCGUCUCAGCAUUUGCCGUUGGACUUCGAACCCCCGCCGACCACUUCCUCCUCACCUUCUUCGUCCUCUGUGGCUUAACCAGACUUGCCCGCUUCAACAUCACAGUUGGAAACGUUCCCAAGGAUGCCACAGGAAAGAGCCAAUAUUUCGAAGGAACACCCAUUCCCACAUCACUCUCCAUAACCUUUUUAAUGUCUUAUUGGAUCAGUAAGGGUUGGAUCCUGGAGAACUUGCCCCUUGGUACCUGGGCUACUGGUACCAUAUUUGAAUUUCACCCGGUCGUUGGUUUGUUCUUGUUGAGUGGUAUCUGUAUGACUAGCAAGACUAUUCACAUCCCUAAGCCAUAG